UCGAAACCAACAAUAAUUGUUCCAGCCGGCCAGUUAUGAGCGAUCGUAGGCGAUGAAAGGAAACUUCUAGGAGGAAGGGAUCAGUGGGAAAGACGGUUUUUAGACGCCAGAUCAAGCCAUAGCCAUAGCCAUUUCAGUUGAGAACAGUGCCAGCAACAAACGCAUCCUGAGGGUUCAUUUUGUUCCCAAUUCUUAUUUGUUUGGAAGAUUUCUGCAGCAAAGCAGCUGCAUAUGUUGUUUCUUAUUCUAGACUGCUGCAAGCACUGGUCAGCGUAGGGAUAAAGAAUGGAUGCCAUUCAUGUGGAUCUUGGCAGCCCGGCUGAUGAUCCGAGGGUGGACGACGUGCAUGAUGACCACGACUCUGAGGGCUCGCCAACUGAAGGAGAAGUGACUGAAAAUAUCGAGUCUGGACUCGGGGAGGCCCAUCUGGAGGCUGUAGCUAGUGAGGAGAAUGCACGCAGUGACUCCAGUGGAGAUCAUAGUGUUUUAGAGGACUCCUCUGAGCAUAGUUCAUUCCGCCAUCGCUAUUACCGGUCAUCUCUUGAUCCGGUUGAUGUGUUCACCGGUGGUGUAUUUGCCACGAGCACGUACGAUUCGGACAUGUCGAGACGAAGUAGCAUGGAGAGCGUGGACAGUCCACGAGGUGCACUGGCGGUGGUGUCAAGAACUAGUUCAACAUCGUCAUCUUCAUCGUCAGAUUUAUCUCAGUCAUUGUCCGACGAGCGUUCCGGAGUCGUCAUGGCGGAGCAUUUAGACACGUUCUCUGGUGCGUUCAACAGCGAAAACUACCGUUCAGCGUCGACCUUCGUCGGCAAACGUCACCAUGACAGCAGUCCUGGCCUUAUUCACCGAGUGACAGGGUAUGUGUCCGGCCUGACUACGGGUGUGGGUGAUAGCGACGACUCGCGCUCAAAGUCGGUCGACUCUUAUGAUGAAGAAUUCCGAGCACUGCCUGCUGGUGAUGUGCAAACGCACGGCCAACCAUCCCCUGCCAAUGCCACCACUGCACAAGAUCGCCCAGCCACGGCUAGCGCUGUUGCCGGUAUUGCGCACGACGCUGGGCAAAUCUCCUCUUCCAGCUCGUCCGUGUCGUCCAGUCAGAGUGCACCCAAUGAUGAGGAAUUCUUUGCGCCGGGAACCAACUUAGACAAUCCGCAGCUGAGCUCUCAUCCGAACAUCAACCUGCCACCGAACUGCAACGCGGUGGGCGUGAUUGGCCGUGACUUUGAUGAGCCGCAGGCGAUUGUGCAGCAAGCAGUGCAUGGCGUGGAGAUCAGCAGGCCACCCUGGAGUGACGUGUACUUCCGGCCGAUGGUAAUACCCAGCAAGGACCUGAACCGCACCGACUGUCGCCAGUACCUGAACGAGGGCAAACUGCGCAUGCUCAUUCUGUGCUACAACACCACGGAGACCAGGCUAAUGCUGACAUCACCUACUGGUGGUUACUACAAGUAUGUGCUGCCUUACGCCCAGCGUCUCUACGGUGUGAACAAAGUGGUGAUCGUGCUAACGCGCUGUAAGACACCGAGCGAGCAGCUGGUUCACCCCGCACUGCACGACCGUCUAAAAUCGCAGCCCCUAAUGAUGGAAAUGUUCAAACACCGCCUGGUUCUCUCUUGGGAUGAACACGCAUCUGAGAAGCAGCAGCAGCACCUCCUCGACUUGAUAAACGCCACCCCUGUGAAUGCAGACCAAGACUGCGUUAUCCUAUGACGGCGUGUUCUUAUAUUUUCAAAGAAUAUCUCUUAUUUUCACGCUCUCAUAAGGUAUGCUGUCAAGCAAGUCUGUUGGACAGCACCCUUGAUUUUUCGCUUACCUGCGUUUGUCAGGAAAUAAAGUUUUGCUGUCUGGCUUAUGUUAUAUGUACUUCAUAGCAGCUUUGCCUUGCUGGCGUGGUGGAAGCAUAAUCAUCGCAUGUUCAUGAUUAUCAAGUACGUAUGCAGUACCCACGUACCCAGAGUCUCUGUUCUCUCUCUCUCUCUCUCUCCUCUCUCUCUCUCUCUCUCUCUCUCUCUCUCUCUCUCUCUCUCUCUCUCUCUCUCUCUCUCUCUCUCUCUCUCUCUCUCUCUCUCUCUCUCUCUCUCUCCUUCUUCUCGCUUGCUGCUGCUGGAUGGCUGGCAUUGCUGAUUCAUUUUGCAAUAUUCUAUUUUUUUUAACGGCUGGUAGCGCUUUGAGCUUUGCGGCAUACUUUUUAUCACCAUGCCGCUGGUUAUGUGGAGUUCUUCUGGAAUGGUCUUCCCAUCAAUUA